CUCCAAUGAACUUGUUUCUUAUUAUAAAUUUGUUGUAUAUAUUGUUAAAUUAGUAAUUUUAAUACAGUAAAAUGAGUAGAAGUAAACUUUCAGAUUUUAACGCAGGCGAAUCCUAUCAACACUUGGGAUCCAAGUGCUUCCACGCUACUCCUCUGACUAAUAUUAAAUGGAAGGUACAUCCCAUGGUGAUUUUUACAAUUUUGGAUUCCUAUAUGAGGCGUGAAGACGGUCAAUACAAUGUUAUUGGUACACUUCUAGGUGUUGUUUGUGAAGCCAACACAGUUGAAAUCACAGAUUCCUUCGUUGAUCGCCAUUCCCUUACAGAUGAGGGAUUGUUGCAAAUUAUAAAAGAUCAUCAUGAAAAUAUGUACGAAUUAAAACAAAAAAUUAACCCAAAAGAACAAGUGGUCGGAUGGUUUUGCACUGGGUCUGAGAUGACUGAACUCACAUGUGCGGUUCAUGGAUGGUUUAAACAGUUCAACUCAGUUUCCAAGUUUUACCCAAACCCUAACCUUUAUGAACCCAUUCAUUUACUUGUUGACGCAACUUGUGACAGCGGCUCUAUGAUGAUUAAGGCCUACGUUCAACUCCCACUGACGAUUACAAAAGACGCGUGUUUCCAGUUUCAUGAAGUUGACCUCGAGCUGUUAGUUUCACCUUCAGAUACUGCAGGAAUUUCAUACUUGCUGAAGUCCCUAGAUAACUCUAAGAGUAGGAACCCACAUAACUCAGAAACUUUACUCCCAAACACCUUUGGGAACUCUCUGCUAAAGCUAAAGGACCUUAUUGACAAGUGUAUAAAAUUAGUUGAAAACGCAAUGGAAAAGGGUAAUUCUAAGAUAUACCCGGAAGUUGGAAGGUUUUUGUUGAAGACAGUCUCAACGGAGAAGCUGAUGAACCUGAAAAAGAUAGAGAAAAUAUGCGAGCUUUCACUCCAGGAUAACCUCAUGAUCGCCUACUUGGCAAACCUCGCCAACCUACAAUUCGCUCUCUCCGAACACCUAAACUCUUCAUUCUAGGCGAGAAAUUUGUCUCCAUCGCAGCUCAGACUCCUUCAAGCCGUUGGAAAACUCUUCAAUCCUAACCUAAUUUACUAAAAUGCUGA